UAUGCCUGUAUUUAGUUUAUUAUGCCUGAAUUUAUUCAGUUGAAUUGUGCCAACACAAAUUAGCUUAUGUCCAAACUUGAUGCCUCAUAUUACUGCAUUUUUAUUUUUUAGCAUUAUUAUUAUAGCAAAAAUACAGAGAUGACAUGUUUAUGAUAUACAACAACAGUAUACAAAAUGUAUUAACAAUGUUCACUGUUUCCAAAGUAGCCUACACAUGAUAAAAUUUGAGUUCCUCAAAUUAUUGUCACAAGGGAAACAGAUACUAUGUUAUAUUUUGUUCCUUAUAUAAAAUAAAAAUGAAUAAAUAUAUAUGGAUACAAUUAUAUGUUGUCAUUAUUGCCUUCUUUAAUAUUUUUCACAUGCAAAAUGCAAGGGUGCAAUAUAACAUUCUUAACAAAAUUAAUGUGUAAUUUCAAAGGGCACUAAUGAAAUCAAUCAAUCAAGAAGAAAAAGUGUUUGGAGGCAACAAGGUAUUUUUCAUGCAACACAAUCAGAUGUAGUGUUAUUGUGAAACAUGUAUGCUUGAAAGAAAACUCUUGUUUGUAGAGCCCUGAUGAUGGCAAAAAGGUGUCUCAGUUUCACACUGGGUUUGUGAAAGCCUGCCUCACCCACUUCAGAGGGACACUAUUUCAUGUGGCGUGUUUGCUUUGAAGGUGUGAUAGCAUUAUAUAAAAAUAUUAAAUGUCCAUUGAAAUGGUACAAUACUUUAAAGUUAAUUUGUCUUAUUACUUCAGUUUGCAGAACACAUUCUGCAAAAUUCUACAAUAAACUUCUCCAGUGAGCCACAAGACAUAACACGGUCCAGAAUGGAGAUUGCUUUAACACUGCUACACCAAUCUGAUGACCUAAGUGAACUGUGCCACUAUUGUGGAGAGGCAGAAACAUUUGAAGACACUGGAGGAGAGACUGAAACAUUUGAAGACUCUGAAGUUCUUUGGAUUGCUUGUGACUACUGCGGGCGGUGGUUCCACUUAAAAUGUGUGGGCAAUCCAUCUACAGAGAAAGAAUACAAAUGUGUUUCUUGCAAUAAAUGACUCAGUUAUGAA